GGGGGACUCCGGAAUUCGGAGACUCUUAAGGUUGCCAAGCCUCGAUGUAGGACUUUCGGCCCGCUAUCCUACGAGUACACGACUUCUGUGGACUUUGAGAUCACCGCACUGAACUAUCAGUCACAACGCCAUAGCCCAUAUCCUAGCAACAUGUGUCAGACUCAAAAGGAGAGUCUCCAAUGUCCACUCCUCGCCGGGUCCAGUUCUCAAGCUGCGAUGAAUGUCGACGAUCAAGGGUGGCUUGCGACGCGGGAAGAGUCCGACAUAGCACCGAAGAUUCCCGAGGACUAGAAUCCUGCACCAGAUGCACCAGCCGGCAACGAAAAUGUACAUUUGAGUGGCUCAAGCGCAAGCCAGACUCUGGAACAACGCCAGCGCGGAGAAAAACACGAGAUACGCGUCUUCGCGACGACACUGGCUCAUUUUCAAACGCAACCAGAAAGCGGUCAACGUCGGAACUGAGCGAACUGACUGGCAAGGAGCGAAGGUGGCCCUCUAGGGAACAUGCCGAACCCACGAAUGCUGAAUCCAGCUCCACGACAGAUCGUCUGAUCACGUCGGCACAGAAAGGGUGGCUUCAUGUCAUCUACGAGAGAGCCUUUGAGACAGUCUUUGGACUAUGGCUAGGGAAAUACAGCAAUCCAUUUGCCUUUGGCGAGCACAGUCUGUCCGAUAUGUGCGUGAGCAUAAACCAACUCUGCCGCCGACUUGACAAAUGGAUGGACGAGGACUAUGAAAGCCCCUCCAGCAUGCUUGGCCCACCGAGCCCUGCAGACUCAGCAAGGCGGGAGAGAAACCUUCAGAUUGACCAGUCGUUUGACCAUGCGAUCGAGGCUUUCGCUGCUCGCUGGCUACCCUUGACUAUACAGUCAUCGUCUUCGUCUUCUUCGUCCGACGAGAUAAUCAGAAACCUAUGGCGGCGUACACACCGGGAUAUGCUGAAGGUGAUCAACAGGACGUCUUAUCGCUCCAUGUUCACUCUCCUCCUGUUCGCCCUUACUCCCAUCCCUUCUGGAAUGUCCGAGGAAGAAGAGCUGGACAGGGUGCCUGGGCAAGUUUGUGUUCAUGCUGCACUACAACAAAUUCAGGAGCUCCGGGUGCAUGAGAGAAGUCUUCGGUUCAAUGGCAACCGGGUCAACUAUGAUACUCAAAUUCGUUCUCUUGGGGCGAGUCCUCAUUCACUAGUGACUGCCAACUUCAUCAACGCCGAGAGUGCCGCCUACUGGGCGGCUUUGACAUUCGACACGUCCGCUUCCUUGACCCUCAAUUGUCGGCCAUUGCUCGCUUGUGGCCUGUUUGGAUUCGAGUCCGAAUCGUUAUGGCGGUUAGUCCGAGCUUGCAUGGAGAUCUUUCGAGAUACCACAAAAGACUGGCAUGAUCCCGAAUUUGAGAUGACCGAUGAGAAGGCCAAUCAAACAAUAGCUGCAGCAUCAGCGUGGAAGUUGAUGGUUUGGAAGUUGACAGCCAAUUUCAAAGAGUCGCUCAGGGACGGCCACGACGAGGCUGAAUUGCUGGCUCAAUGUCAACGACGUAUACAAUUCUUUGGCCAAGAAACAAAGCUUCGCUGGUUUGAGCACAUGCUACACUACAAUCUGGCAAUAUUGAUGCUGGUAGACGCCAUUGCAGCAACGGACCGAUCGGAUCUUCUGUCCCGGAUUGCAGCAAGAAGAAUCGACGCCGAAAGCUGGGUGCUGAACAUCCUGAUGUUCGGCUUGACAAAUAAAUAUACUCUACAACUUCCGCCUGACAACAUGACCGACGAUAAUGAUGGAGGUGCUCCACAAAGCUUCACAGCGUCUCUGGUUGCAAUCCACCCCUAUGCCCACCACGUUGUGGCCGCGGUGACUUUGAUGCAAAAAGCGAUAGACCGAGAUCUUGCGGCAGAAAAGAUCGGGGUGGACACGCAUCGCAAUUUGCUCUCGACUUUGAGUCAGACCUUGGAGCAAUUGCCACACUCUCACUCUGUGCAUGUCAUCAAAGCAGAUCUUGCCAGGGUUGCAGCGGUAUCCCAGCCACUGUAUACCACAAUAGGCUCUUGAGACGUUCUAGGUUCAGCUCUCGUCUGAGCUGGACGAGAGGCAGGUUCUCAUUCACCAGGCCACCUACGGCCGCACGACUUUUACACCUCUAGCGGAUCUCAGACACAGUGA